CUACGACACACGCAGACUCACACAGUGAAGAAACACACUGAACCAACAAGAACGUCUCCUCAUCUGCCAUGGGAAUCUAACCACUGGGUUAUACUGUAUCUCUCAAAAAAAGGUUUUGUCAAGUAGGAUCCUUGUAGUUCCAGGAUGAAAGCUGUGGAAAUCAUUUCAGUCUUUCUGCUGGUUCUGGUCACCUCAAGUUAUGGGAAAGCACCUCGAAUCAUCACCUUAUUAGAGACAGUGGACGUACUACUGGAUCACAAUGCCACCUUCAUUUGUGAGGUGGAUUCUCGCCCGUCUGCUGAAAUUACUUGGAUGAAGAAUAACAACCCAAUAAUGUACUAUGACUCCAGGUAUAUUACCAAGGAGCAGGGGCAAAUGCUAAUCAUCCCUCAUGUACGAGAGUCAGACAGUGGAGAGUACUGCUGCAUUGCCAGUAAUGGCAUUGGAGAGCCAGCCAAGAGCUGUGGAGCGCUGCAGCUAAAGAUGAGGCCACAGAUCAAACGCCAUCCUACCAAUGUAACCCUUCUGCUAGAAUCCAAAGCAUCAUUACCCUGUGUUACUCUUGGAAACCCCAAACCGGAUGUCACCUGGCUCAAAGAUGAUGAGCUUAUCAAGGUUAGUGACCGUGUUACUAUUCUUGACUAUGGUACAUUGAAGAUCCAUAACCUACAGAAGGAGGAUGCAGGCCAGUAUCGCUGUGUGGCCAGGAAUAGCUUUGGUUUGGCCUUUUCAAAGCCUGUCACCAUAGAGGUACAGGCUCCAGCAAGAAUCCUUCGGGUUCCUAAGGAGAAGAGGGUGGCGUAUGGCAGCCAGAUUUCCCUGGAGUGUAACGCCACAGGAAAUCCAAUCCCCACCAUCACCUGGCUUGAAAAUGGGAAUACUAUCUCAGGUGCAUCAGUUGAAGAAACUUUGGCAGGAGAGGUGAUAUUGUCCGUUCUUAAAGUGACUGUGAAUAAGCCGGCUCUGUACACAUGUCUGGCCUCCAACAGACACAUUGCUGGAGCCAACACUGUCAAGGCAACUGCUAGAGUCACUGUUGCAGAGUGGAGACUUUACAAGGGCGUUGCAGGCUACUGCAGUGCGUAUCGUGGCGACGUGUGCCGUACCAUCCUGCGAGAUGAUUUGCUGGUUUUCUUUAACUCUUCCCUCUCGGAUCCUGAGGACAUGCAGGAGUACCUGGUUCAGAGCUUUUGGACUGAGCUGGAAGGACUCAGUAUGCUGUGUAGCCCGGCAGUCCGCUCACUGCUUUGCCACUCCUCUUUCCCUGACUGCAAUCCAUCAGGUUUAGGACCAGCACCUAAACCUGUCUGCAGAGAACACUGCCUGGCAGUGAAGGAGCUGUACUGCCAUAAGGAGUGGUUGGUACUAGAGGGCAGCAGUUCAGUACAGCCUGGCAUCUUCAGCUCUGCCACUGGGUCCCACACUCCCAGUUCACUGCUACCAAACUGUCAGGCCUUACCAAGUCUUCACACAGACCCUGAUGCCUGUACACAUGUUCCUUUUGUAGACAUCAACAGAGAUCAGAUCACAACAACAUGUUACAAUGACAGAGGUCGUUUCUACCAAGGCAGCAUGAAUAUGACGAGGUCUGGGAUACCGUGUCAGUCAUGGAGCCAACAGGUUCCCCACCAGCACCGCCUGUCUGUGGAAGUGAUCCCAGAGUUGAAGAACUCAGAAAACUACUGUAGGAACCCCGGAGGAAUCAGCGACAGGACCUGGUGUUACAGCUUAAAUCCCAACAUACGCUGGGAGUACUGCGAUGUGCCACAGUGUGGGGAGGCGACCAUGGUAUCAGUGAUAAAGCCAGAGUCACCAGGCCCUCGUCAGACCCCUCGUCUCCCUCCCACGGUCACGCUAUCAUCUCCAGCUUACUCCAUGUCGGUCAUCGUCAUCAUCCUGACCGCACUCGCAGCUACAGUCUUCUUCACCAUCAUCAUCCUUGCCUGCCGCAGACGGAGAAAGCAGUGGAGAAACCGGAAGAGAGCAAUGGAGACCCCAACGUUGAGCGCUCUUCCAUCAGAGCUCCUGCUGGAUCGACUCCACCCCAACCCCAUGUACCAGCGGGUUCCCCUGCUGCUGAACUCAAAGCUGCUGGCCCUCGAGUAUCCCCGCAAUAAUAUCCAAUAUGUUAGAGACAUUGGAGAGGGAGCCUUCGGACGAGUUUUCCAAGCCAGAGCACCAGGCCUGUUGCCAAUGGAGUCUUUCACAAUGGUGGCUGUGAAGAUGCUGAAAGAGGAAGCUUCAGCUGACAUGCAGAAUGACUUCCAGAGAGAGGCAGCGCUAAUGGCUCAGUUUGACCAUCCCAACAUCGUACGACUCCUAGGUGUGUGUGCAGUGGGUAAACCCAUGUGUCUGAUGUUCGAGUACAUGGCCCAUGGUGACCUCAAUGAGUUCCUGCGUCGCCGAUCUCCAACCCAAUCAGUGCGCACCCUCAGCCGUGCCAGCCUGUCAGGUCGCAGUUUUUCCUCUGAGCUGGAGGCGGGACUUCUCUCGUGUACUGAGCAGCUGUCAAUUUCCAAGCAGAUAGCAGCAGGAAUGGCGUACCUAUCAGAACGCAAGUUCGUCCAUCGUGACCUUGCAACCCGGAACUGCCUAGUUGGAGAGGAAAUGGUGGUGAAGAUUGCAGACUUCGGUCUCUCAAGAAACAUCUAUUCAGCUGAUUAUUACAAAGCCAACGAGAAUGAUGCCAUCCCCAUUCGCUGGAUGCCCCCAGAGUCUAUUUUCUACAACCGCUACACAACUGAGUCAGACGUGUGGGCUUAUGGUGUGGUGUUGUGGGAGAUUUUCUCCCAUGGGAUGCAGCCGUACUAUGGUAUGGGUCACGAGGAGGUUAUUUACUAUGUGAGGGAUGGUCAUAUCCUCUCCUGUCCUGAGAACUGUCCUCUGGAGCUGUAUAAUCUGAUGAGGCUUUGUUGGAGCACACACCCAUCAGAUAGGCCCAGCUUCAGUAGUAUACAUCGAAUAUUGGAGCGUAUGCAUCAAAACACACUGAGCAUGAAUACCGACACUGAGGCUGACUGCUAACCUGGCUGGGGACUUUUUUACAAUACAAUGUCUGUCCCUUAUGACUUAUGUACUGAUUUGGUGUCUGAAAACACACUUUAAAUCAACCCUGACACUGAGCAUAGAAUACACAGUAUACCCAAACAGUAAAAAGCUUUUACCAAUUCUCUUUUCAGGGAGUUUUUGUAUCAUAAACACUUUUCAUAUCAAAUAAUAUAUCAUAUUUUAGUAAUUUGCAUAUUGCUUCAGUUCAGGAGUUGUUUAUAAGGAACCCAUCACUCCUGAUCAUUUAUCAGCACAUCCAUCAGACAGCUCUGCUUUAUUUUUGAAAAACAUGAAAUGAAUGUAUGAACAGACUCUUGAUUUGAUCCCUGACCCCAGAGUCUUAAUCUCUGGAGACAUUAAGCCACUAACCAUGCAGAUAGCCCUUUAACUAUUUUAGAUCACUUACUUGCAUUUACAUACUUACUU